GCCGCCAAAUCCUCCUUCAGCUCCACCGGGCCUCACCCCGCUGUUCCUCCGUCGUGUCCCGCCGGGCUGCGGCUGUCUGAGGGCGGCGGGAGGAUCUGAGGGGAGGCCGCGCCGGAGAGGACAAGAUGGAGGUAAAAGAUGCAAAUGCCGCAUUGCUGAGUAACUUUGAGGUGUACCAGUUACUUACUGAUCUCAAGCAGCAGCGUAAAGAGAGUGGCAAAACCAAGCAGAGCUCUGGGCAGCAGAAUCUGAACACAAUCAUGUAUGAGACACUGAAGUACAUUUCAAAAACACCCUGCAAGUACCAGAGUCCUGAGACUGUCAGGGAGUUCCUGGUAGCAAUGAAAGACCAUAAAUUAACCAAGGCAGAAAAGCUGCAGCUGCUGAACCACAGGCCUGUGACUGCAGUGGAAAUCCAGCUGAUGGUGGAAGAAAGCGAGGAGAGGCUGACAGAGGAGCAGAUCGAGUCCCUCCUCCAGACAGUCACCAACAUCCUGCCAGGAGAUCCAGAAGAGCAGCAGAGAGACUCAGCAAUGGCAACAGAAGACAAAGACGAGGCACUCCUGUGAUGGAGGAAUAAAUGAGGCAACACUGAGCUCUUGAUCUGGUUUGGAAAAAUGAGAGUCAGGCCUGGAUGGAGCAGAAUUUCCUGAGCUUUUUUGUCUGAUGAAGGAUUUCAGGAUCAAGUAUUUAAUGCUGAAAGCCUUUGUGAUUAUAAUAAAUCAUUUGUGUGUGAAUAUCCACACAAAGUCAGCCACUGGUUUAAAUUGUGGCUGCAGACCAUUCUUUUAUAAUUAUUAUGAUGUACUGGAAAUAGAAAUAAAAUUUUAAGUACAUCCUGGGUGUUUUGUGACUUACAGAUGAAAUCAAAUCACAAUAUCUGACUCUUUUUUUUCCCCCCCUUCAGCUCUGUCACGGGUUUAUUUUGUGUUUUUAUGCAGAGAAUUUAUGCUUUAAGAGCUUCAGUUGUGCAGUGUAUGAAAGGGACUGAUAAAUUCUAGUGUCUGGGGGAUUUG